AUGCCCGCUGGACUAGUAGUGGUCGAGGAGUGUUCAUCGAAGGCUGGUUCUGGAACGGGCAAGUUAGGCAACACCGAAGAAGAGUGGCUGAAAAUGUCGAUACGCGAGACUCUCGUUGUGAUGAGACACGUGUGGUUUCGGCAGCAACUUAGGCUACCCUGGGAAGAUGGCUUCAGGGUAUUCACGAUCGUCCGCAUUCAAGCGUCUACAACGUUGGCAUCCUCUAUCUCUGAGAAAAUGGAGGCCUUGGAAAUCUCCGAACGUACCGUCUGGGCCGUAGGGUGGCACUGUCAAGUAGAAUUCGCCCAUAAGAAGCAGCGACCGGAAAUAACAAUGGUAGAGGGUGACAGGAACGUGUCACCUUACCACAAUGUGGGUGGUUUGUCGACACAGAUCGCCCUGAUACGUGAUCUCAUAGAGAUACCCCUCACUCGGCCCCAUUUAUUCUCUCAUUUCAAUUUAAAACCGCCGAAAGGGGUUCUUCUGCACGGUCCCCCAGGAACCGGCAAGACUCACCUGGCUAGAGCCAUAGCCACGUCGACCAACUCAAGAGUACUCGUCGUUAACGGGCCAGAACUAUCUUCUGCGUAUCACGGUGAAAGUGAGCAAAGGCUCCGCGAGGUAUUCGAGCGGGCCAAGCGAUCAAGUCCGUGUAUCGUGGUCCUUGACGAGGUGGACGCAAUAUGUCCCAAGCGAGACGAUGGAGGUGAUGGCAAUGAGGUUGGAAAGCGCGUCGUUGCGACUCUCUUGACACUUUUGGAUGGUAUGGAUGAUAGCACAGCUCAAGGUGCACACGUCGUUGUGGUGGCUACGACGAAUCGCCCAAACGCAAUAGACCCGGCACUACGGAGGCCUGGUAGGUUUGAUCGUGAAGUAGAGAUUGGGAUUCCGGAUGUACCUGCGAGGCUCGAUAUUCUUCGAGUUCUCUUGCGAAAGACGCCCCAUACUCUCACAGAGAGUCAACUGCAGAUCAUCUCGGCGCAGACUCACGGUUACGUCGGAGCGGACUUGGCUGGUUUAGUUCGUGAAGCGGGGACGCUGGCCAUCAAGCGAAUGCUCGACUCGUCUCGGAUACAAGAACACGGCGUAAUCACGUUCGCUGACUUCCUACAUGCCCUUCCCUCGAUCCGGCCGUCUGCAUUACGAUCAUUGAUUGUCGAGACGCCUCGAGUUUCCUGGUCCGAUAUCGGAGGAGUGUCUCACAUCAGGGAAAGGCUGAGAGAGGCCAUUGAAUGGCCACUACUACAUCCAGAGACGUUUGCACGUCUAGGUGUGCAACCAACCAAGGGCCUUCUGCUUUAUGGCCCCCCCGGAUGCAGUAAAACUCUGACGGCAAAGGCAUUGGCAACAGAGAGCGGGAUAAAUUUUCUCUCAGUGAAGGGUCCGGAAUUGCUUAACAAAUAUGUCGGCGAGUCUGAAAGGGCGGUCCGAGAGGUGUUUGCCAAGGCUCGAGCUGGUGCUCCCUGCAUCAUAUUUUUCGAUGAGAUUGAUGCACUGGGAACAGCACGAAAUGACGAUAGGACAUCUGGUGCCCACGAGGGCGUGUUGACGAGUAUGCUAAACGAAAUGGAUGGCAUUCAGGAAUUGCAGGGCGUGAUCGUUGUUGCUGCAACAAAUAGACCUGACGUCAUGGAUUCUGCGCUGAUGAGGCCAGGGCGAUUGGACAAAAUUCUCUAUGUAGGACCGCCAGACGCUCGAGGCAGAGAGGAAAUCCUGCGAAUACGCACACGACACAUGACUAUUGAAGCAGGCAUCGACUUUGCACUCUUAGCUCAGAUGUAG